AUGUUGAAAGAGAGAGAGAGAGAGAGAGAGAGAGAGAGAGAGAGAGAGGGAGAGACAGUUACGAUGAGUGGUGAUGGAGAGCAUGGCUAUACACCACUGCACUGGGCGUGCAUUGAGGGCGAUACCAAGAUGAUGGAGCUGUUGUUGAAGCACGGUGUUGAUACUGAAGCCAAGGACAAGGUCAGUUCGGUCAAACAAACCUCCUACUACCUCUGUUACCCCUCUAUCUUGUACAUCAUGAUGCUGAUGAUGCCGUACGUGUACCAUGGCUAUACACCACUGCACUGGGCGUGCAUUGAGGGCGAUACCGAGGUGGCGGGGUUGCUGAUGAAGCACGGUGUUGAUACUGAAGCCAAGGACAAGAACGGCCGAACGCCUCUUCAUGUAGCCUGCAUUGUCUUGUCUGCCAGCCAAAAGAGUAUCCAUCAACUCCUGCGGCACGGUGCCGACCCGGAUACGAGAGAUCAUACGGGAGCACGGCCCUUGGAUCUGCUCGUUAGCUGGGCUCCCAACGAGCUGGAGGUGGGCCUUUGUUUAUUUUCGGUACUGAUUGCAGAGCACCUGCUAUUGGAGUGCAAGCAUCGACCACCUGCCAGAUCCCUCUGGAAGGAUUGCAUCAAUGUACUCGACGAUGUGCAGCUGCCGCCGCCCGUCGAGGAACCCUCUCCCGGUUUUAUCGACCUCAAGACAGCAACAAAGCUCUCUAUCCAUCCCGACGGACGUCGCACAACCCUUCCAAACUGCUUCCUCAACUCUUACGCGCUUUCUCACAACCAAAACUGGUCUCCACCCGCCGUGGAGGUUGACAGCGUGGAUAGGCACAUCGUCUCUCUAUUUGCCAUUAACAGCAACUGA